GCAGGGCGCGGGUGCAGGGCUCACACCAUCUGAAGGUGCAACCCGACUUGGCGGAGCUGUUAACUAUUUCUGCCACCACCCGCCAACACCACCCAUCAGUCGCCGUCAGCUCGCGGGCAUGGAGCACUCCUCACGGAUGCCCGAACCCGGGCGCGUCCCGGGAGGAGCCGCGGCCGGCGGGGACCGCAGCGUCUUCACCGACACCGCGGGCUUCGCCGCCAUGGACGCGGCGGUUCCCGGCCUCUCCGGAGUCAUCCUGCGAAAACUCAACCUCAGCGGCUUCGAUGACUACAGGCAGGCCGAGGGAAGAAAAGUCCUCACGGAGUUUGGGAUCCACACGUACCGGGACAUGUUCCGCAAGAUCGAGGACACCUACACCUUCUGCGCCCACUGCAAGAAGCUGCCAGACGGCCUCCCCGCGGGGAGGACUAUGCAUGUCACCUGUGCCUCCCACUGCUGAAGGUGCCAGAACGUGUACUACUGUGGCACCGAGUGCCAGAGAGCCAAUUGGCCGCUGCACAAGAAGUUCUGCAAGAAGCUGAAACACGCGGCCAUCGACCGCCUGGUGGAAUGGCUCAUCUUCACAGGGAACCUUCCGUUCACGAGCGGCGCGUGGCCACGCGAGGCGGACGAGGUGCGCGGCUGGGACGACUGGCUGUCCAUGCAGCCGGGCGGCGGGGAGGACGCCCUGCGCGCCGUGCUGGCGUGCCGCUACAUGGGCCUGCUGUGGGCUAACGCUGGCAAGCCGCGGCCCGACGACGCCGAGCUGCUGGCGUCGACGCUGCGCGUGCUCAGCGACGCGCUCUCCCGGCCACUCACCGUGGGGUUCGCCCUGCGGCGCUUUGGCCUGGACCCGCGGCAUGGCCCCGUCACGGUGCACGUGGCUGGGGCGUCGCACACCGAGACGCUGGACGCACGCCUCACCGACUACGACGAGCUGGGCUGCAUGUUCCCACAGCACCGGGGCGUGGAGGUGGUGAUGAUCGGCCCCGAGGUGGUGGAGGGCACCAUGACGCGGACGCCGCUGCAGGCAGGAGCCGAACCAGGCGCGGUGCACAUGAGCGGCUGGAAGGGUCUCUACCACGACUACUGGGAGACUCUGGUGGAGACCGGUCGUGCUGCACGGCCGUCGAUCGUCGUGAGCUUCCACCCAGGUUUCCACGCCAACAAGGGCCUCGUCGAGGGCUGGUUCCCAACCCUGCUGCUCCUUAGAGACUACAACAUCCCCUCUCUCUUCACCAUGUACAGCGAGGCCGAGUUGAAGCCUUCGCUGCAGAUCCUGCGCGAGCUGGAGGUGCGCAUCCUGUCCCACGGCAGCAAUCCCUUCGGGGCGCUGCGUCUUGAGCAGGUGCAGUCCAAUCCCAACAAGCCGCUCGUGCGAAGCAACGCCAACUACGUCGCUUUCCUGGGCGCCGUCGACGACCCAGAGGGGGGACCGGGCCCUGGCGGCGAAUCGAGUGACGCCGUCGUCCCGCUGGACUAACGCGAAGAUCCGCGAGGGAUUAGCCGCGAUGUCCUCUUGAUGUCAGGGGGAAAAAUAACCUGCGUAACUCGUAAAAUGAGCAUGCUUUUUGUUAGUCAGAAUUGCCUUCCAUUUAUAAGUGUAGCUGAUGGAGUUACCGAGGUGAAACAUUUACUACUAGGAGGAUGUCAACGUGAGGGAAUGAUCAUCAGAGUGGCCUAUGGAUUGAUCCGGAGGUCGCCACUUCAAUUCGAAACAAUGGUGCGAGUUUCUUAAAUCGCCCUGCCCCUGUCUAUCCGCCAGUUUAAAUGGGUACACCAGUCAAUUGGCAGGUUCCACUGAGCUAUUAGCUCUUUCUCAGAAGCGACCUGGUCACUUGGCCACAAAUGAUAGCUCAACGAAGUGGCUUGUCACGUGGAAAUAUGUAGCAGCGGCAUAGUCUAAACACGUUUCCAAAUGUGGAGGGAAAAACCAGGGGACCUGGAGAAAAAACCACGUGACCACGGGGAGAACAUGUGUAGUGGCUCAACGCGCGCGUCUUUGAUAUCGGCUGCAAAUCCGCGCUCGGCUGCCAGGGGAGGCAGUUGGCGAGCGUCGCGCUGGGGACGGCGGCGCGACUGGCGGAACGUCGAGAGCAGCCAGGGGAGGGGAUGACCGCGUUGGGGGAAAUUAAGGGGGGAUGUGGACCGGAAUUGAAGAGACCGGUACCUGUCAAUCACAUAGAGGAAUCUUCCGGUCAGAAUGUUCUGGAAGGGUCGCGAGGGAUUUAUAAGACGGGCAAACGAGCUGAAGACAGAAGACAAGACGAGCUGAAGCCAGACCCGCACAGGCUCGCGAGAGUAUUCCUGGGUGCGAGUGGUCCUGCGUGGACUUGCGGAGGCUCGGAGUCGGAACGCGAAGGGCCUGAGCGCAGUCUGCACGUCGGCACGCUUGGCCCCCCAGGGGCUGCCGUGGUAUCGACCCGCAAAGACGGCGAGACACGGCUAGAGGGGUGAGAAAAGGAUUGUAGGGAGUGGGAUUGGGACGCGGCGAGUGAGAGAGCGAACAUGCAGCAGCAAGUGUUGUCGACACCGACUGCAAUAAAGUGGCCCGGGAAGCAAGGACAAGAAGUCGGUCCGCCUCAAUCUACAACACUGCGCAUGCAAACUCCAAAUAUACAGCAGCAGCAGGCAUUAAGGUCGGUAUCGAACCCACGACCUCCUGCAUACCAGCCAAUGGAGAUACCAUCUCGCCACCAUGGCGCCCCGUGGUCUUAUAAUUACAACCUGAAGUGGGGUCUAUCGUAGUGAUGCAUGGAAGUGUCACCGCAUCGCAGACUUUCUGGCACGCUCUUCCUUGCGAGAUUAGGAAGCCACUGGGGCUGUGCACUUUAAAAUUCACAUUGAAAACUCAAAUUGUUGAGAACUGUUUUUAGUGUUUCGUUGGUAGUCCUUCCCCCGCACCUCCGAUUAGCACGGUUGGCUACGUACGGUGCGAAAGAAGUUCAACAUAUACAAAUGCCAUGUAGAGUGGCGGUCUAAAGCUCCCUCUGGUGGAGGGCCGUCUGCCAGCAGUGGUGUAAGCAAUUGCAGAGCUGCACAUUUCCCUUUGAAUUCUCCACUCUAAAUAUUCUGAUUUAACAUGGGAGGGUCUGGGGAGCACCAUCACAAAAGCCAUUCGUUAAACGUUCAGUGCGGACCUCUCGGCUACUUAGUCAAACGAUUACAGAGGAUUUCCCAGUGACAAAUGAAGUAGUGUCAUCACCUGUCUUUUGUUGUCGUUUGUUGGCUCCCGCUCAGCGCAGCUGUCGGUAGAAAGCCUCUCUGGGAUGUCUGCCUCCAGCCAGCGCGUCCGUGCGUCCACGUGCUCCACCCUGUGCUCGCUCCUUGCUUGUUGUACCGCACGCUCCUGUUUGCCCACGUGGCUUAAAACUUAACGCAGAGUCGUAAGUCAUUAUUCAAAAUAAAGUGUUUUGUUCAGUUA